AUGGAUGAAAUCUAUAAGAUCGCUUCUUCAAAGAGGAUACAGCAGUUGGAAAAAGAGCUGGAGGUUCAGUUGUCUGAACUUAAGACAGAAAUACAAGAACACAGAGCUCUUAAAAGAUCACCUCAUUGGCCUUACAGCUCCAUCCGGUUACCAAAGGAUGUUUCUUACUUUAGAAAAAAGAGGGAACUGGCAUUACGGAAAAGCUUGCAGGUGGCUGAAUCAAAGCCCCUUGUUAUUCAAGCAGAUGUCCUGCAGAGGGAGCUCGAAAGCUGUUUAAGGAAAGAGUACACAUUUGAAAACUUACCUUUGCUUCUGCACCAGUGGAGGUCCCCCCUCCUCUCCCCAUCUUCAACUAUCCACUCGGAUAAAGGAGGCACCAUAGGUCCUUUUGUUCUGGUGUGGUGUGUCCAGCCUCGUUCCUGGGUGCGAAUUGCAGUGUCCGAGAGGUGGAAGAGAUUCUGCCAGCAUAGCAGCAUGAUGGAACAAAUUUAUCCUCUUUACCAGGAGCAGGUUGGGCACAUUAUGCAGGAAUACAAUGAUGCUGUUCAGAGAGCUGAGAGGUUGGCUGUUGCUCAAGAAAACUUAUUCAUGGGAAAGAACAAUCCUGGACACUUGGUAACACAAGAAGAUCUAAUGAUCUACACCAGGUGGCUAGUUUGUCAUUUAUAUUCUCUUAGAGACAUUCACAGCUACCUGAGGGUGCUACAAUACUUGCCCAUAUCUGACAGGUUGGAAAUUGCUAUAUUGGACGUGGAUCAAGAAAAUGGAGAUAUGUGCACUGGACAUAUAGACCCUGAGUCUUCAUCUACUAACAACCAGAAUUCUGGCUGUCAAGCUUCUUCAGUAACAAGCACUUCAGAGUUAUUCAGAAAAGAAGUUACCUCUAUUCUGCCCCACAAUAAAACAAAAGCAGUAGAACUGAAGCCUCAACUAGAACUUCUUUUGUCUCAUUUCAACAUCUGCUACAACACAGAGGAUCUAAAGAAUUCUGCUGAUGAGAUGGAGCUCUUUUCCCUGGUUGUUCAGAAGUUUCAGAACAUCUUCCAUGAACAACAGAGAUUGAAAAUAUUUCCAGCCUAUGAUGUCAAGCUGGCUAAAGUUGAUAUCCAGGAUUUAUUAAAACCUAGCAUGGCUUUCAAAAAGACAGCCAACUGGAUUCCCUUCAUAAAGAUUAAGCCAAAACGUGAUCCUUGGCAGCAGAAGCUUUUGACCAAACUAAGAGAACGAGACAGAAUCGAUGCAUUGAUGCAAUCGCACACCAAGUUUUUGAAAGUUUCCAACCCGCUGCGAGUGAUGGAGGUUCUGCAGGCUCAUGCAGCAGCAGUCCUGGAGCCAGCUUCAGCCCUUCUUUCCUUUGUAAAGCCCCAGGGUUCGGACCAGGGCACGUGUGAUGGAAUCUGGGAGGAAAUUUACGGCAGCAUCGGCCUUCACCAGGAAGAAGAUACUGAGGAGGGGGAGCUUUCUAUGGAAGGCAAAGAUACUGAUGGGCCCCAAAUCAGUCCCAGCCAGUAUGCUGGGGGAUCUUCAAAGAAGAACAAACAAACAGGGUACAGGUGA